AAAAGGAACUGAUUUAGAAAAACAGCAGAAAUUGGCAAUGAAAUUGGAUAUGAUAGAAUUCGAUCGACUCGAAAUUGUAGAGCGCAGAAUUACCUUAGAAGAUAGGAAAAUGCAACUCAAACAAAAUGAAAUUGAUCUAAAGUUAAAAGAAUUGCAGUUCAAAGGAAUUGAAUAA